AGCAACGGGACUGCCCCUAACAAAGAUGGCGGGGGAGGCCUCGGCGGGGGCAGGCUGAUUUAACACCCAAACCCAAGGCGGCUAGGGAAGACAGUGGUAGCGGCGCGGCCCGACCAUGGAGGAGGGCGGCAGCGGUGGCAGCGGUGGCAGCGGUGGCAGCGACAGCAGCACCAGCGGGAGUGGUGGCGCGCAGCAAAGGGAGCUGGAGCGCAUGGCUGAGGUCCUGGUCACCGGGGAGCAGCUACGGCUCAGGCUGCAUGAAGAAAAGGUGAUUAAAGAUAGGCGACAUCAUCUCAAAACCUACCCAAACUGCUUUGUCGCAAAAGAACUGAUUGACUGGCUGAUUGAGCACAAAGAGGCUUCCGACAGAGAGACAGCAAUCAAACUCAUGCAGAAGUUAGCAGACCGGGGCAUCAUUCAUCAUGUGUGUGAUGAGCAUAAGGAGUUCAAGGACGUCAAACUCUUCUACCGCUUUAGAAAGGAUGAUGGCACCUUCCCUCUGGAUAAUGAAGUGAAGGCCUUCAUGAGGGGACAGAGGCUGUAUGAGAAGCUGAUGAGCCCUGAAAACACACUGCUGCAAGCCAGGGAGGAGGAAGGGGUCAAGUACGAGCGCACCUUCAUGGCGUCUGAAUUCCUGGACUGGCUAGUCCAGGAGGGAGAGGCCACCACGCGGAAGGAGGCAGAGCAGCUGUGCCACCGGCUUAUGGAACACGGCAUCAUACAGCACGUGUUGAAGAGACCCGUAACUUCUGAGGAACUCCUGACUCCCGGGGCUCCGUACGCAAGGAAGACAUUCACGAUCGUCGGUGAUGCUGUUGGCUGGGGCUUUGUGGUACGGGGAAGCAAGCCGUGCCACAUCCAGGCCGUGGACCCCAGCGGCCCGGCUGCGGCAGCAGGAAUGAAGGUCUGUCAGUUUGUCGUCUCUGUAAAUGGGCUCAAUGUGCUGCAUGUCGACUACCGGACUGUGAGCAAUCUGAUUCUGACGGGCCCUCGGACGAUCGUCAUGGAAGUCAUGGAGGAGUUAGAGUGCUGAGCAGGUGGACAUCCUGGCCCUUCAGUGGCCUAAGGAUGAUCAAAGCCAAGACAACACAAAGCAAUGCAAUGACAAGACUUCCAUACACAUGGAUGCUUUUGGACGCACAAAUCUUUUCUCCAUACAUACACAUCUUGAUUUGAGUUUCAUAGACUGUUUGAAUGUGGAAGAACCGGGUAGAUCAUCUUAAAAACAAAUAAACAAACAAAAAAACCAAAAAAACAAUUUACGUCAGUGUAGAAAAGAAUUCAGAAAUGGAAUUUCCUUACAAAGUAGAAUUGCCUUACUUGAUUUCUAUUUGUAGUUCUCAGCCAUUGUUUUUUUUUUAAUCUUAGUUCACAGAAAGUUGUUGAAAUGCUUCUCUGGCCAAAACAGCAACAUGCUAAAAUACCCCCAUAGGAGUCAAUAGAGUAGUUGUUACAGAUUUUAGAUUGUUCUCUUACCAAAAGGAAUAUGGAGCUGUUUAUGAAAGGAUCUGGAUUUCACCAAGCUUCAAAUUAAAGCAACAUCCAGAGGAAUAAUACCCAUUAACUAGCAUUUUGAAGAAGGUUCUAAAGCAUUCAAGUGCUUAAAAGCUGUUGAAAAAUGAAUUUUUCUUAAUUCCUGCCUUUAGUAUCAACUUCUAACAUAUGUUUUCAUUUAUGGCGUUCGUUAGAAAACAAAAACCUUGUGAUGAUUAUAGAUGGGAUAAAUAGGGAGAUACUACUUGUGAUUAUUUGCUCUGAUUUCUCUUUCUGGGCCUAAAUAAUUUUUUCUUAUCAAUCAGCUACAGAAGCUUUCUAGAUUUAAUCCAGAAUAUGUUGAAUGUCAAAACAGAGGAAUUUGUGUAUACACAUAUCACGCCUCUGGCAAGAGUUCACUUUGAAGUUGUCCCUUUGUAAGUGAAGGAUUCUAGAGCUUGGCCCAUAUGUGAUAAACUUGAAAUUAAAUUGCCUCGUUGGCCUGAAUUUUUACUAGCUUUCUAGUGUAACAUAUUCUAAGGAAUGACAUGUCCUGCUUAUUUGGCGGGAUUAUUUUUCACCAAAACAUCGUCUUGUGUUGUCAUUUUUCAACUCACUGUAUAUAUGCAUGUUUCUUUUUUAGGUCUAGAAAAGAAUGCAUUUGGGGGCUUGGUGUAUAGAGGAAAUUCCUCAAAGUGCCAAAUUAGGUAGUCAGGGAAUGCCAAAUUCUUAAUUUCAUAUAAUGCAUUCUGAACAACCAGGUUACUUUCUUAUCACGUAUUAACAAAAUGAAAUACGAAUGUUGUACCUCAGCCAUUCUUUUCGCGAUAGGUCAUCAUAAUGUAUUGGUACUGGUAAAGUGGACAUACCAUGCUAAAGAUGUUACCUAUAUAUGUUUCUGGUAAUCCAACUUUUCUGAUCUUAGCUUUAGUUAGAGAAUAGGAUUUUGAAGUAAUAUAGAAUGGCUAACAUCAGUACCGUCGAUCUACAUUUGGGAACUAGCCGCGUUCUGUGUGUAUGUGCGUUUAUACUGUAGGCAGGCUUUGUGCUGCGGCACUUAAUGUGUGUGAUCUCUUUGAAUAUUCAUCAAAACCCUCCAAGGGAUACCUGGGUGGCUCAGUCAGUGAAGCAUCUGCCUUUGGCUCAGGUUCUGAUUCCAGAG